AAAUACUUCAGAGAAAAUGCCUAGUAUCUACAAAUCUGUGACCAUCAAUACUUCCAAGGAGAUGAUGUGCUUCAGUGACUUUCCUGUCCCUGAUCAUUUUCCCAACUACAUGCACAACUCCAAACUCAUGGACUACUUCAGGAUGUAUGCCACACACUUUGGCCUCCUGAAUUACAUUCGUUUUAAGACUGAAGUGCAAAGUGUGAGGAAGCACCCAGAUUUUUCUAUCAAUGGACAAUGGGAUGUUGUUGUGGAGACUGAAGAGAAACAAGAGACUUUGGUCUUUGAUGGGGUCUUAGUUUGCAGUGGACACCACACAGAUCCCUACUUACCACUUCAGUCCUUCCCAGGCAUUGAGAAGUUUGAAGGCUGUUAUUUCCAUAGUCGGGAAUACAAAAGUCCCGAGGACUUUUCAGGGAAAAGAAUCAUAGUGAUCGGCAUUGGAAAUUCUGGAGUGGAUAUUGCGGUGGAGCUCAGUCGUGUAGCAAAACAGGUAUUCCUUUGUACUAGACGUGGAUCAUGGAUUUUACACCAUGUUUGGGAUAAUGGGUAUCCCACGGAUAGUUCAUUUUUCACUCGGUUCAAUAGUUUUCUCCAGAAAAUACUAACUACAACACAAAUAAAUAACCAGCUAGAGAAAAUAAUGAACUCAAGAUUUAAUCAUGCGCACUGUGGCCUGCAGCCUCAGCACAGGGCUUUAAGUCAGCAUCCAACUAUCAGUGAUGACCUGCCAAAUCACAUAAUUUCUGGAAAAGUCCAAGUAAAGCCCAGUGUGAAGGAGUUCACAGAAACAGAUGCCAUUUUUGAAGACAGCACUGUAGAGGAGAAUAUUGAUGUUGUCAUCUUUGCUACAGGAUACAGUUUUUCUUUUUCUUUCCUUGAUGGUCUGAUCAAGGUUACUAACAAUGAAGUAUCUCUGUAUAAGCUUAUGUUCCCUCCUGACCUGGAGAAGCCAACCUUGGCUGUCAUCGGUCUCAUCCAACCACUGGGCAUCAUCUUACCUAUUGCAGAGCUCCAAUCUCGUUGGGCUACACGAGUGUUCAAAGGGCUGAUCAAAUUACCCUCAGCGGAGAACAUGAUGGCAGAUAUUGCCCAGAGGAAAAGGGCUAUGGAAAAACGAUAUGUAAAGACACCCCGCCACACAAUCCAAGUGGAUCACAUUGAGUACAUGGAUGAGAUUGCCAUGCUAGCAGGGGUGAAACCCAACCUGCUCUUCCUCUUUCUCUCAGAUCCAAAGCUGGCCAUGGAGGUUUUCUUUGGCCCCUGCACCCCAUACCAGUGCCACCUCCAUGGGCCCGGGAAAUAGGAUGGGGCCCGGAGAGCUAACCUGAUCCAGAGAGAGAGGAUCAUCAAGCCCCUGAGGACUCGCAUUACUAGUGAGGACAGCCACCCAUCCUCGCAGCUCUCUUGGAUAAAGAUGGCCCCAGUGGGCCUGGCAUUUCUGGCUGCUGGCUUGGCAUACUUUUGA